CAGGUGGAGAAAGCUGACAAAUUCUCCCCAAUUAGAUGCUUUCACAAUUGGUAAACUGUAUUUUGAAACGACCCCCGUUUGUCUUAUUUCUCAAUGUGGUGGUUUUUUUCUCUCAGAAACAAUGAAAUUGUAGCUACUAUCGACAAAGCACACAUAAAGGACGAAAUUGAUACCCUAGGACUUAUACUGUGGUGGUUUGUCUGGAUUGAUAGAUUCAUGUGAAUCUGAUACUGAGAUUCUCAGAGGUUUUCAUAUUUCUUCACUGUUUUAUGCUAAUUGACCUCGUUAGUAACUUAGAACUGAAUUUGCUCUGGCAUUUCUGAGGAAAUGAAGAGGCAAGAAUAUUCAGGGGGAAGGUUUGUUAUGGGAGAAGGAUUUGAUGCUAUUGUUGUGGGGUCUGGAUAUGGUGGUUCGGUUGCUGCUUGUCGAAUGUCAACGGCAGGAAUAAAGGUAUGUCUGCUAGAGAAAGGCAAGAGAUGGGAAGCUCAAGAUUUUCCAACUGACAGUUUGAAAAUGAUGUCUACUGUGAGGAUGGAGAAUCGGAACUUAGGCAUCGGAUUUGGACAUAAGGAUGCUCUGUUUCAGGUAUACGAACAAAACGAUUGCGUAGCAGCUGUAGCCUGUGGGCUUGGUGGUGGUUCGCUUGUGAAUGCUGGUGUAAUGCUACCAACCCCAUUUCGUGCUCGAAGGGAUCCAAAAUGGCCAAAAGAGUGGGAAAGGGAUUGGGAUAUUUGUGAGGCUUUUGCCGCAGCCAUGCUGCGUAUACAAAGUGUUCCUGUCAAGUUUCCAAUGGCCAAGGUCAUGGACAGAAUAGUUGAUGGAGAAAUGGAAGAGAGUUCGAUCAAGCUGAGUGUGAAUUUUGAUCUGGAAGAUCUUCCCACCCAUUUGGGAGAGAGCCAGCAGAUGAAUAGCUGCUUAGCUUGUGGGAAUUGUCUCUCUGGGUGUCCAUAUAACGCCAAGAAUUCUACAGACAAAAAUUAUUUGCAUUCCGCAAUCCAGGCAGGAUGCAUUGUUAAAACAAACUGUCAAGUUCAGUAUGUUGUCAAAAAUCCACAAGACAUUUCCCUUGAAGGCAGAACUGGCAGUAAAAGAGGAAGAUGGCUUGUUUACUUAAAUGAAUUUGAUUACAUAUCCUCUGACUUUGUAAUUUUAUCAGCCGGAGUAUUGGGCACCGCUGAGAUACUACUGCAAUCACAAUUGAGAGGGCUGAAACUUUCAGAAGCACUUGGGUCUGGAUUCAGUUGUAAUGGGAACACUGUUGCAUAUCUUGCUGGAAGUCGAGCACCCUUGGGUGCUUACGGAUUGGACCGAAAGAAGAUCUCAAGGGCACCUUUCCAAGAACGGCCAGGGCCAUCCAUCUCUUCAUCUUACACUUCUUCACGUGGUUUCACAGUCCAGAGUGCUGUACUUCCAGCGGCUUAUCCUUACCUGCUCUUUAAAGGUAUUGCUACUAAUGGAUGGCCAGCAGGUUACUGGUUCUUUCAUGGGAUCAUUGACAAGCUAAAGCAUAUCAUGAAAUUUGAAUCAACUCAAGCAAUGGUUUUCAAUGCAAUGGGCUACGAUCAGAGUGAUGGUAAAAUUUGGUUAGAAAAGAGCUCGGGAAAAUUCUGUUUUAGUCCACCACAUGAUCCUUUACUUCCCCGAAAAAUUGAGGCCUUUCAAAAGCUAGCCAAAAAAUUAGGGGGCAUACUCUUUAUAUCUAAGUAUAGGAGCACAUCAGUUCAUCUUUUAGGGGGGUGUAGUGCAUCAUCAGAUUCUUCGCGUGGGGUUUGUUCCCACACUGGUCAAGUUUUUGAUCCAUAUACACCUGCUGCUGUGCACCAGGGCCUCUAUGUGUGUGACGCUUCCUUGAUCCCAUGUUCUGUCGGCAUAAACCCUUCGUUAACAAUAGCGACAGCAGCCGAACAUGUGAGCAGAUACCUUGUGCAGGAUAUUCUGGAGUAUAAAAGCAGAAGAGGUAUUAAACCUGAGGUUGAGACUGUUGAAAAACCUAAAAUUAUGAUUACAGAUGAAACUUCAGAGACCAAACAACAAUCAACAGUAAUGUUCAACGAAACCAUGAGUGGCUAUGUGGAGGGUAUGCCAUGCGCAGCUCAUUUGAAAAUAAGAAUGAACAUUCCAGACAGAUUCCAUCCUUCUCUAAGAGGUAAAGUUGGUGGGUAUCUCGUGUUCAGAGCCAUCGAGGAGGAUAAGAUACAUGUUAUAGAUGGAGAAAUCAAUUUGUGUGACGUAGAUUGCAAAACACCAUACACACAGUAUAUGCACUAUAGUCUUCUCCUUGUGGCUUCUUCUGGUUCAAGAUAUAUUCUGGAAGGAAAGAAGAUACUGAAUCCUUUUUUAUUUGGACUGUAUGCCUGGAAGGAGACAACAACAUUGCAUGUGAUGCUCAAAAAGAUUGAUGCGAACAAUUCAAGGGAUUCAACAGUGCAUAUGAAAGGAAUUCUCAAAAUUUCCAUUAUUGAGCUCCUAAAGACUUUGCUGAGCCUUGCAGGAAAUGGUAGAGAAAUGUUCUUAUGGGUUUUUUUGCAGACUUUGGUGAGAACCUAUAUCUUACAAAUACCGCGAGGAAAUCCAGACUCAUCUUUACUAGAUGUUAAUCAUAAAUCUUAUCCAAGCGGCACUCUUCAUGAAAUUGAAACAGAAGAUGGAUGCAUCAUCAGUUACAGGCAAUGGAAGUCCAUUCAAAACUCCAGGAGACCUAAAGAAGGGGAAUCAUAUCCAGUUCUUCUUCUUAAUGGGUAUGCAACUGAGAGUUACUGGCUUCCCACAGAACCUAAUGAUUUAAUCAGAACUUUACUAGAGGAAGGGCGUGAAGUAUGGCUGCUGCAAUCAAGAUUGCACCCUCACAAUCCUUAUAGCAACUUCACGAUCGAAGAUAUUGGAAGAUUUGAUAUCCCUGCCGUGAUCAGUAGGAUGCUGGACUUGCAUGAGCAAAGCACAAAGGUGCAUGUAGUUGCACACUGUGUUGGAGGGUUAGCGAUUCACAUGGCACUUAUGGGCGGCCACCUAUCUGCGAACAAAAUAGCUUCUCUGUCUUGCACAAACUCUUCAAUGUUCUUCAAGCUUAACCUUUUAUCCACUGUUAAAUCAUACCUUCCACUAAUCCCAAUAUCAAUGGCUAUACUGGGCAAAGACAAUAUCAUACCUCUGGUGGAAACAUCGAAGGCCAGUACGCGACACCAGAUCGUGAAAUUCAUUGCCCAGAUGAUACCUCGUUAUGAGAGAUGCACCUGCAAGGAAUGUGAGGUCAUUUCUGGAAUAUUUGGGAAUGCUUUUUGGCAUCAAAACAUAAGCCCCACUGUGCACGACUGGUUAAACAAGCAAAGCUCAACUAGGCUUCCCUUUUCACCAUUUAUGCACCUCAGAAAGAUCUUCAAAACCGGAUAUAUCUUGGACAGCAAUGGUAACAACACAUUUUUGAUCCAUCCAGAGAGAAUGCAACUGUCCACACUAUAUAUUUCUGGCGGCCGGAGUCUCCUCGUAACUCCAGAGACAUCAUUUUUAGCAAACAAUUACAUGAAGUUACACCAGCCUGGUUUCAAGCAUGAAAGGGUGGUUGUGGAGGGUUUUGGACAUUCAGAUUUGUUGAUUGGAGAGGAAUCUCCCAAGAAGGUAUUUCCUCAUAUUUUAUCUCACAUGAAGUUAGCUGAACAAGGAGGAGAUGGUCUGAUGAGAAACAAUGAGAAGAGUUAUGAUAAGGAGGCCUUAAAUUGGGCAAGUGAUCCUUAUGAUUAUGAAAGAUCAGAGAGCUGGUUUACCCCUUCUUUUUUUGUUUUCUUGUUCAUAUUGUUGAUUCUUAUGUAUGUUGCUUUGUCUAUAUGUUAAUUUUAAAUCCCAAAGGAUCGAAUAUUCGAUCAUAUUGUUCAGUGAUGCCAUCUUUGCUUUUGGUUGUAUAAAAAAUUUGUUCAUGUAGCUUUGUCUUGUCUUUGAGGUAUAUGCCAUAUAAUUGUUCCUUGUU